AUGGCACAGCAGAGAGGCAAGAAGUCUGCACACAAAGCGGAAAAAAUCAAUUUCUUUGGACACAAGUCGCACCAGGAACCGGAGGAGGCUCGGGCCUGGUCGCAAGAUGGCGGCUCCGCUACUGACAGCCCUGAGAACACAGCAGCAUUGCAGGAAAGUGAUCCUGACAUACUCACCAAGAGCUAUUUACAACAAGCUCUGGACACCCUGUCAAGCAAGCUAAUUACAUCGUGGCAACAUACAGCGGAUUCGCUGAGGAAGGACAUGCAAGAAUUAGGCAAGCACACCUCCCACAUGGAGAACAAGAUGGCAGAAUUUGCUACAGCACACAAUGACAUAGCUUCCCAUGUGGAACAACUGGAACAAAAAUUACUGGCGGCGGAAAAUAAAAUAACUGACCUAGAGGAUCGCGCACGCAGGAAUAACCUGCGCAUUAGAGGGAUCCCAGAGGAUGUUGUGCCGGAGAACCUGCAGGCAUAUGUCAGAGGCGUGUUUAACGCUUAUGCUCCAGACAUACCAACCGACAUGUUACUCGUGGACCGAAUACACCGUCUGCCUAGACCACGGUUCCUACCAGAAACUGCACCGCGGGAUGUACUACUGCGAAUGCAUUAUUAUCAUAUCAAAGAGCUUAUACUCAAGUCAAGCAGAAAUAAAGCGACACCACUAGAAGGUUACCCAAAUCUGCUGAUUUUUGCAGACCUAUCGGCGUCUACUCUCCGCAGAAGGAAAGAGUUCGCUCAGGUCGCCAACUCCAUGAGGGCUCAUGGCCUCAGAUUCCGAUGGGGGUUCCCUACCAAAAUGUUAGUGACGAAAGAUAACACCACCCAGGUUAUCACAUCACCUGAAGAUGGACUCCGUAAACUACAAUCCUGGGGAUUUAUGCACCAAAGACCGGAGCCUCACACCCCACCUGCCAGGCGCAUCCCACUGGACUGGCACAAAGCAUGA